CAGCCUUCCCAGGGUAAGUGCUGCGGCUUCAUCAGCAGCGUGUGCUCGCUCUCCCGCUCUCGUACUUGGAGGGAGAGUGUGUGUAUGUGUGCGAGUGUGCGUGUCUGGGCAUGCUGUGUGUGUGUGUGUGGUGUGGUGGUGGUGGUGGUGGUGGUGGUGGUGGUGGUGGUGGUGGUGUGUCUUUUUUUCUCCCUAAUCAGGAGCUCCGAAUGAAAGCCAGUCAGGGGGAGAGCUCCCUCUUAGCUUUGGUUCCCGGCUGUCCAGAGUUAAGUGAUGCUGGGAGAAAAAGCCUGAGUUAGAUCCAAGUAGGAUCAGUCUUAGAAAAUAACUGGAGAAAACAAGCAAAAAAAAAAAAAAAAAAAGGACCCCAAUAGCUCGUUUUUCAGUUUGGUUGGGGUGGAUACUACUUCACUUUCUCAGAAGCAGAAUAAAAGAAUAUAAGGAGUUGGUUACUUCAUACAGUUCAGAAAUGAGUUGCUGGAAACUGCUUGGCUGCAUCAGCAACUAGAGACAUCAAAAGCAAGUUCAGAAAACAAAACUGUAGACUCCAUUACUGACCAGCUUGAAGAAGUUCAGCAGUGGAGAACUAUGACAAUACAGCAAGUCCUGCUACUUCUACUGCUCUGGAUGUGGCUGCCACAUCCCUGCCACACAGAAAUGCUGUUCAGAAGGACUUCUGAUCUCAGACCUAAAAGCUUUGGAGCACAUGCAUCCAGGAUUGAUGGAAAAACAAUUCACCGCCAGAAGCGAGGCUGGAUGUGGAACCAGUUUUUUCUUUUAGAGGAAUAUACAGGAUCUGAUUAUCAGUAUGUAGGCAAGCUUCAUUCUGACCAGGACAAGGGAGAUGGAUCCCUAAAAUACAUUUUGUCAGGAGAUGGGGCUGGUACUCUUUUUAUAAUUGAUGAGAAAACAGGUGACAUUCAUGCUACUCGGAGAAUUGACAGAGAAGAGAAAGCCUUUUACACCCUCCGUGCCCAGGCUAUUAAUAGAAGAACUCUGAGACCAGUGGAACCUGAAUCUGAGUUUGUCAUCAAAAUCCAUGACAUCAACGACAAUGAACCAACAUUUCCAGAAGAAAUUUACAGUGCUAGUGUUCCUGAAAUGUCAGUAGUGGGUACUUCCGUGGUGCAAGUUACAGCUACUGAUGCUGAUGACCCUUCAUAUGGAAACAGCGCCAGAGUAAUUUACAGCAUACUUCAGGGACAGCCAUAUUUCUCUGUGGAACCAGAAACAGGCAUCAUCAGGACUGCUUUGCCAAACAUGAACAGAGAGAACAGGGAGCAAUAUCAAGUAGUUAUCCAGGCAAAGGACAUGGGAGGCCAGAUGGGUGGAUUAUCAGGGACCACCACUGUCAACAUCACUUUGACUGAUGUCAACGACAAUCCACCUCGAUUCCCUCAGAGUACUAUCCACCUCCGCAUCCCUGAGUCCUCCCCAGUUGGGACAGUCAUUGGCAGCGUCAAAGCCACAGAUGCAGACACUGGAAAAAAUGCAGAAGUAGAGUACAGAAUAAUAGAUGGCGAUGGAACAGAUAUGUUUGAUAUUGUGACACAAAAGGAUACACAGGAAGGCAUCAUAACUGUGAGAAAGCCACUGGACUAUGAGACAAGACGACUUUAUACCUUGAAAGUAGAAGCUGAGAAUACCCAUGUGGAUCCACGUUUCUAUUAUCUUGGGCCUUUCAAAGAUACAACUAUUGUGAAAAUCUCUGUUGAAGAUGUAGAUGAACCUCCCAUUUUCAGCAGAUCUUCUUACCUCUUUGAGGUUCAUGAAGAUAUUGAGUUGGGGACAAUAAUAGGAACAGUAAUGGCACGGGAUCCUGAUUCAGCCUCAAGUCCAAUAAGGUUUUCUCUGGAUCGUCACACUGACCUUGACAGGAUAUUUAAUAUUCAUUCUGGAAAUGGGUCCAUCUAUACUUCUAAGCCACUUGACCGUGAGAUAUCACAAUGGCACAAUCUUAGCGUUAUAGCAGCUGAGAUCAACAACCCCAAAGAUGCUACUCGUGUUCCUGUCUACGUAAGAAUUUUGGAUGUUAAUGACAAUGCCCCAGAGUUUGCAGUAUUCUAUGAUACUUUUGUCUGUGAAAAUGCAAGAGCUGGACAGCUUAUUCAAACCAUAAGUGCAGUAGAUAAAGAUGACCCUCUUGGUGGACAAAAAUUUUUCUUCAGUUUAGCUGCUGUUAACCCUAACUUCACUGUUCAGGAUAAUGAAGAUAACACUGCCAGAAUUUUGACAAGAAGGAAUGGCUUUAGUCGACAUGAAAUAAGUACUUACCUUCUACCAGUGGUGAUAUCAGACAACGACUACCCGAUCCAGAGCAGCACUGGCACCCUGACCAUUCGAGUGUGUGCCUGUGACAGCCGGGGGAACAUGCAGUCCUGCAAUGCUGAGGCCUUGCUUCUCCCUGCUGGACUCAGCACAGGGGCACUGGUUGCCAUUCUCCUCUGCAUCAUUAUCCUGCUAGUUAUUGUGGUGCUGUUUGCUGCUCUGAAGAGGCAACGAAAGAAGGAGCCUUUGAUCCUCUCUAAAGAGGACAUCAGAGACAACAUUGUGAGUUAUAAUGAUGAAGGUGGUGGAGAGGAAGACACCCAAGCCUUUGAUAUUGGCACACUGAGGAAUCCUGCAGCUAUUGAAGAUAAGAAGCUUCGACGAGACAUUAUCCCUGAAACACUAUUUAUACCACGGAGGACUCCUUCAGUACCAGAUAAUACAGAUGUCCGAGAUUUCAUUAACCAAAGGCUAAAAGAGCAUGAUACUGAUCCUUCUGCACCGCCGUAUGACUCGCUUGCAACCUAUGCCUAUGAAGGGAAUGAUUCAAUAGCUGAAUCCUUGAGCUCAUUAGAGUCAGCUACUACUGAAGGAGACCAAAACUAUGAUUACCUGCGAGAAUGGGGCCCUCGGUUUAAUAAGCUAGCUGAAAUGUAUGGUGGAGGAGAAAGUGACAAAGACACUUCUUAACCUACAGUAGACUACAUUUUUGUUUCCUUUGAGCGGAAGUAAUUUUACAGACACCUUCUGCACUCAACAGUAUUUAAUAUUCAGGAAUAUUUUCCUGCCACUCAGCACAAUGGUUUCCUUUUAAAAUUUAUUUAAAAUUUGUCCAUUAAUGUCAUUCAUUCUUUCUAGUAGGAUGCCACUUGGAAUGUAUACAGCAUUUUAUUUAACCACCUUCCAAGACCCAAAGCUAUGGAAAUUCAGUGUUGUUCAUUUUAGUAAGUAAAAUAAAUAAUAUCUUACCUUCAGAAAUUUGAACAGGGUGAUAAUCCCUUCAGCAACCUCAUGUACAAGCCGCUUCUGUUAGGUACAUGUCCUAUCCCCGCAAGUGCAGCUUUUAAGAUGGCAAAGAAGAAAAAACCCAGUAUGUCCUGUUCUGUACAUUAAAAUUAAAACAAAAUGUACACGUGGUGUUAAUAAGUGUAAUAUGCAGCUGGUUUAAAAAAAAAAAAAGUUUGUGCAACUUCAUUUCAUCAAAUUCUAUCUGCCAAUGUUUUAUAUUUAUAUUUUUGUAUUUAUUUUUAAGAAAUAAACCAGUUUUUACAACUAU